CCUCCCCCCCCUGCUCCCGCGCCGCCCUUCCUCCCUCCCUGCGCCGAUCCACCGCCCAGCUCCAGCUCCAGCUCCUUCUUAUCCAGCUCAGUCGGAUCUGGUCCUGCGGAAAGCCCGCGCCUUUUUUCCACCCAUGGAUCGCUGGGCGGCCACGGCUGCCGGCCCGGCGGCGGCGGGGGUGACGGGGACGCUGCCGUCCUACUGGUGCUACAGCUGCGAGCGGUUCGUGCGCACGGCGGGGGACGCCGGGCUGGUCUGCCCCGGCUGCGACGGCGGCUUCCUGGAGCAGAUGGACGCGCCGCCGCCGCCGCGCAGGGCCGCCGCGCCCUCCGCCUUCCUCCGCCGCCGCGCCGCGGAGGCGCCCACCGAGGUCCGGCCCCGCCGCGGCCGGCGCGGCGGCGCCUCGGGGGACCGCUCGGGGUCCCCCUACAACCCGGUCAUCGUGCUCCGGCGCUCCGCGGCCCCGCCCGGCGACGAGGCCCCCGGCGCCACCAGCAGCUUCGAGCUCUUCUACGACGACGGCGCCGGAUCCGGCCUCCGCCCGCUGCCCGAGAGCAUGUCCGACUUCCUCAUGGGGUCCGGCUUCGAGCGCCUCCUCGAGCAGCUCGCCCAGAUCGAGGCCGGCGGCUUCGGCGCCGUCCGCCCCUGCGACAACCCGCCGGCCUCCAAGGCCGCCGUCGAGUCCAUGCCCACCGUCGUCGUCGCCGCCUGCCACGUCGGCGCCGACUCCCACUGCGCCGUCUGCAAGGAGGCCUUCGAGCUAGGCGACGAGGCCCGGGAGAUGCCCUGCGGCCACAUGUACCACCAGGACUGCAUCCUGCCGUGGCUCGCGCUGCGCAACUCGUGCCCCGUGUGCCGGCACGAGCUGCCCACGGACGUGGCGCGGCCUGCUCCUGCGAGCGACCUGGGCGCCGCCGACGACCAGGGCAGCAACACCGGGGCUGAGGCUGGCAGCGAGGAGGAGACGACGGUGGGGUUGACGAUUUGGCGGCUCCCUGGAGGAGGCUUUGCCGUCGGGAGGUUCGCUGGUGGCCGGAGGGCCGGCGAGAGGGAGCUCCCAGUUGUCUACACCGAGGUGGACGGCGGUUUCAACAAUGGCGGUGCACCGAGGAGGAUCUCAUGGUCAUCAAGAGGGAGCCGUUCGUCGCAGAGGGGAGUUAUUAGACGCAUGUUCAACAACAUGUUUGCUUGCUUUGGGCGCACCCAUUCGACCAAUGUGACUCGAGCCUCAUCCUCGAGGUCGGAGUGGAGCUCGGUUUUCACCCGUGGUCUGAGGAGCCGCAGCACAAGCUGGAGAUCCCAAGAUAGCCACGCCGAUGCGAUCGCCAGGUGAUGAUUGCAUCACGCAUCGGGGAAUAUUACGGCAUUAGAUGUUGGAGAGCCGCAAAUGUUUGCUUCCGUUUGAUGUUUUCUACUAUAUAUAAGUCAGUUGAGAGAUAAAGAGGAUUUGUAGAGCGCAAAUUGCAUGCUGUUUUGUACAUAGAGGAGCAGAACUAGAGAUGUUGCAAUGGAAAUGUCCUCCAGUUUGCGUAUUCAAGAAGGUCGGUCUUCCUGUUGCAUUUUGGAGUAUCAUCCAGCAAGACAAAGUUUGUUACUGAUCGAUGCAAGCAUCUGGAUAGUGAGCUCUUGAAUUGUUGGCAGUGCUCAAUUGUUUCUUCGAAUUCCAUCUCGCUCAAUGCGACGGGGUUCGUCCAUUGUAACCAUGACUUGUUGGAAGGUUUAGACCGUAGCAAAGAUUCAAUAAAGCAUCGCUCAAGAUAUUUUCUGCUCUUCAAUUGGAUAUAUCACUGUACUGAUCAAGGUCACCCUUCCAUCCUUGUUUUCUUUCUUUCCUCACCAGGUAUACUGUCUUUUCCAGCAAAGGCAGCUGAGUUGAC